AUGCUCACUUCCCCUCCUCCUCACCACUCCUCCCAGCACCCGCCGCCACCCGACAGCAAUCAGCAGAUCACUUCGACUUUAGCCAACGCCCAGUCGCCGCCCCCGCCCACCCCUGCAUCUCGGCCGUCCCCAGAGCUCUCGGCGAAAAAGGCCAGCUCGUCUAUUCCGCAUAUCGCCCCAGCUCCAACUCAGCACACUGCCAACUCUUCGAGUCCCGCCUCAGCUUCUACCCUCAACAUGACGCCCAAUCGUCCAGCUGCAAUCUCCCGUCCACAGGCCGCAGCUGUCCCCAGUCAGGCGGAAGACCUUCCUCGUACGAUUCCCACCCCUGUCCACUAUACCCAAAUCGACAGCCGUCUUCAGCAGGUCGAGCAGGCCAUUAUCAACACUCUCGGCACGCGCCAGACCGCCACUCCUUUGCCCACCCCAUCGACGACGGACCCCGAGGAAGCCGUCACGGACGACCCAAACUGGCGUGACGGCAACCUCAUAGUUUUCGCUGGCGACACUCGCUUCCGCGUGCCCGACUUUCUGCUGUUCUGGUCCAGUCCGGAGAUGGCGCGCAUUUGGAAAGGCAAGAGCCUGAUUCGACUGGAUGUCGAUGCACAAACGUUCCGUCUCCUGCUCACUCUUGCAGACACGCUGAACCUUGACACGACACCCCCGGUGGCCGUCCUCGCCUCGCUCUUCCGACUCCUUGACCGCUGGCAGUGUCUUGUUCUUCAACGCCGCGCGUACGAGUGCCUUCAAAUCGCAAUGCGAAAUCUCGUCAUGCACCCCCUCAAGAUCCUGCAUCUCGGCUUCGCAGUCGACAGCCGAAUUAUCCGCAGCUUUGCGCUUGGCUGUCUUGCCGCCGGCAACAUUGGAGAGCAGCUGUACCAAGACUUCGAUGGAGGAAAUCCGUUCUCGCCUAGCAACUGGCGACUCUCGCUGUGGCGGACCUUCAGCGUCUUCCCUGAUGGAGUAUGGGCACUUCAAUAUGUCACGAACAGGGGUCUAGCACCCAUCGACGCCUUCCCGCAGGCCUUCGAAUUGGCUUACAGUACCGCGCGUGAACAACGUGAUCCACUGCAGGAUUAG